GCCAUAGGAGGAAGGAGGACUGGGAAAAGGAGAAUCUGUCUGCAAACUAAAAGGUGGGGGUGGGGAAGACCCCUAGCUUGCUUAUUUGUACUUUUAGAUUAAAUUAACACAGAGACUCAUACUGAGACAUUUAAAACCAUUUUAAUCAGCAGCUUAAUGGUUUCAAAGAAUAUCUAUACAGCAUCAUGCAAGGCAACCAGGACAGGAGUGGGCCUUACUUAUAUCCCAAAUGAAACAGCUUUUGCAAGAUGUGGAUAUACUGGAAUACAUUAAUACAGACCAUAACCUGCAAGUACGGCUGAAGUAUAUUUUUUAUAAACAGCUAUUUUUUUUAAUGCAAAGUCACAGCUCUGGGUACUCUUUUUUACCCAAACUUUUCCUUGGAUUCCUAAUGAAAUGAUUCACAAUUUCAAGAUUCCCUGGAAUUCACUUAUCAAUAAUGGUCAUUACUUUGCUUUCAUUCACUUAUAAAGGACUUGCUUUUCAAUUUGAAAUGUCAUCGAAUAAUUAAACAGCAAUGGGAAAUUGCCCUUUGUAUUUGCCUUUCUUUGGAUUCUAAUUGAAAGAGGCAGACUGCUGUCCUGAAUGGUGAACAUGAAUGCGGCUAGGAAUGGAAAUGCCAUGGAUUAACCACAAGUCACUUGCCCCUCCUGUUCUCUGCAUCGUGCCAGGACUAGUGAAUGAAUAAAACAGGACACACACAUAAGAUUGUUGAUAUUACAGGGAAAGCAAGCUUGCACUCUUCUGCACAUGCGCCUGCCUGGCCUGGAGGGAAGAUUAGGCAGAAAAAUCAGAAGACGAUGGCGCCGAGAUUCUUCUGUAGAAAUACCCCAGGUUGGUGCAGAUUUCAACAAACAGGAGCACUGGCCCACAGUAUCAGGUGGGUGCCAAUAACUGGCUGCCAGGAAGCAGGACUUUAAAAGCAUUUCCUCUCCAGUCCAGAGAAUCUGACAAUGUCCCUUCCACGCCAGCUGAGGGAUGAAAGUGAUUUUGAGCAGUUACCAGAAGACGUUCCUGUAUUUGCUCAUAUUGCAGACGUGGAGGAAAGGAGAGGCUUCUCUUUGUACUAUACAUUUGUAAUUGAAGUAAAAACGAAAGGCAGCAGUAAGUAUUUUAUAUACCGGCGGUACAGCCAAUUCUUCACUCUGCACGCAAAGCUUGAAGAAAACUAUGGGCCUGACAAUGGCAUUGCCCCGUACAUCUGCACCCUUCCGGAACUGCCGCCAAAGAUUUUUGUUGGAAACAAGAAAGACAUUGCAGAGACUCGCAUCCCCCUUCUUAAUGGCUACAUGAAGGGGUUAUUGAACUCUCCUACUUGGCUCUUAUUGGAUGAAGAUCUGCGGAUGUUUUACUACCAGACAUUAUCUGAUAGCGAGGGGAUCCCCCGAGCCCUGCGGAGACUACGUCCCCAGACACGCAAACUCAAAAAAGACUCCCAACCCAUCUCUGAUGUAGACAGACCAAGAGCAGAGGCGCUAUUUGAUUUUAAGGGGAAUGCACCUAUGGAGCUAAAUCUAAAGUGUGGUGACCUUAUAUAUCUCUUGAGUUGGGUCAACAGAGAAUGGCUGGAGGGGACUGUGGGUAACAGGACAGGUAUUUUCCCAGCAUCAUUUGUGAGAAUAAUCAAGAAUCUCCCAGAAUUGCUGUAUCAGGUCAGCUUGCUGCGUUGCUAUUUUCAUGACCAUGACAGAUGCCUGAUCAGAGACAUUUCUUUAGAGGAAGAUGUGGGGAAAUGCCCCUCUUAUAAAGAGCUGCUAGACUUAAUCAGAAACCAGUUUCCUGAUGCUGAGGUAGCGCUAAAUAUGAGAGACAAAGAUGGAGAGCUGAUCCGGCUGCUGGACAACAGUGACAUGGAGUUUCUCAUUACACGGGGGAAACGGCCACCUCGGGCAAAAAACUACUUUCCGUGGGAGUUGCAUGUAACCCAUGAGGAUGAUUUGGAGGCGUACAAGACUGAGGCAUGAGCAAUUUUGAAAGCUUAAAAAUUUAGGGGCAAAUCUGAAAGGGUUCCCAGAAGUUAAUCUCAGUAACAGUUAGCUCAGUUACCCAACAAAUUCCUGACAGUACAGAAAGUGACAAUGUGGCACAUUUAUCAAAUCAGAUCAGUAUAUCAAUUUGUCAGAAUGUUACUGACUGCUUUAAAAUGUCGAAAACCAUUCUCUUCUAUGGCAUGGUAGAAUUCAUCAGCACCACUGAGCUCUAACACCCCACCAAAUCAAUAACCCACAAUAAUAAAUGCAAUGCAGGUUAAUUAGAUGCUGAAAUGCUGGAACAAAUAUUUUCCCUGCUUUCUCAUUCGAUCAUUGCUCAUUCAGAAUAUGCCAACUUGUCUCUUGUCCCAGGGAUCCCUUGUGGCUGCCCUGGGCAGUGUGUAUGGCCGGCAGAAAAUGAUUGGAACUUAGAGUAAAAUCCAAACCUGUAGUCUACUGUGCAUGCACACGUCCAAGGGUAGCCACAAGGGAUCCCUGGCGCAACAGAACAACAAAGAUGGCAGUGCUCAAUAGAAUAGUACCCCGCUGGUGCUGGCCCGGGGUCGGUAAUUAUAAUUGUGCCUUACAGAAUGGUGCCCUCCAGUGAUUAACACUUUUCUUGUACUAUCAAUGCUGCAACCCUAAAAUCUGUGUGUUAACAGCACUCAUCACGUAUCAGUGUUUUACAAUCUUCACACAUUUUAUUGUGUAAUUCACUAUUUAUUGUAAGAUAUCUCUUUCCUAUUAAAUGGAAUCCCCAUUCUCACUUGUGUGAUUUAGGUCCCUGAUUUUCUCGUCUAAAUUCGAAAUCUCUCAUUCUGGCAAAUUAGUUUAUUCAGAGCUGCAUGACUGGGCCAGUUAAAAAACUAUAGAUAAAAUGCAUGUUGUUGGACAGACGAAUAUUAAAUAACAUUUGUAAAUAUUGAAUUGGAACUCCAUAUUGUAGCAUUAGUGUCUUGAUGGAAACAGACUUCUUUUGCACUGUUAUACAGAACAGUAUGUGGGCCGUAUAGUGCAGCUUCAUGUACUUCAUUCUUACUUAGACCUAGAAGAAAAAGUCCUCAUCCAGUUAAAAUGCUUACACUGUUACAUGGCAUUCCAGCCAAUAAAGCACUGGCUCUUA